CGUUCAGUACCUCUAUAAAUAUUAGUGGGAUCAUCUACAGAGGGUUUGGUGUCCUACGUCGUGAGUCUCUGAGGUGAUCUCAGGAGAUUCCUACACAAUACAAGUAGGUCGACCUGAAGCUGCGCUUUAAACUGGUGGUUGACGCUGGAACCAAGAUACCCAAUUCCCAGGUUAGCUUACACAACUUAUUCAGGUUGCAAAGGAUCAUAUUUGGGGGGAAGUAAGUCUAUUUGUUCCGUGUGUAGGUAAUGUACAUUACAUAAGCUAGUUUACGCACGAAUGGGACACGAACAGCAGCUUUCUGGGUGAAAGUCCUCCGUUUGUUAUUUGGCAAGAUCCCACAUACAAAGUUCUGCAGCCUGAAAAAAACCCACUUUAAAAGGUGGAUUCACUCAACAAAAGCUACAUCAAAAGAGACAAGAAUACAAAUGAUAACAACAGGAGAAGAAGGAAGGGAGGUCAGGGGACGUUUUCAACCUUGAUAUUGAAUUUGGCAGAUCUUCUGUAACUAUUUAAAGUCACAUCUGCUUGGGGCCUUUCCUUUGCUUACCCUCCCUGUAUAAAACAUGUAAUUAUAUUGUGACUCAGCCAUGGAGCUUAAUCCUUCCACGUUAAACAAAGCCUGAAGUUCAGGACUGUCUGUUAUUCAUCACGUUCUGAAUGCGAGAUAACCGGAAGCUCUGCCUCCAGCUGUGAUGUCAUGGUUUACCGGUGUGGUGAUUGAACACCGUGUUUUUCAAAGGUUGUCAUAAAACAACUCUCAAGCGGAGGCUUCACAUUCGUCAGAAGCAUGGAGGACAAAAGGACUUCAUCCAAGAGGUCGUGGGACGCCUGCCGAGAGGUCCCCCCCCUGGAGGAUGAGCGGACGCCAUGGAAGAUGCUCAAGCUGCUGAAGGUCCUCUCCCUCUGUGUGGUGGCCGUGUUGGUGUUCGGACUGGCUCUGUGUAGCAAGACGUCGUUCCUCCUCCUCGUCACUUUGUCUAACGAGGGCACCAAGACUCUCCCCGAUGGACAGAAACCAGUCGCCCUGCUCUGCAUCGGCUGCGUUCUCAUCGCCUCCAGCUUGCUUCUCCUCCUGAAGAGCGUCUGGAAGGCGUGUCACAAAUCCUCAAAGAUGCCGGACAAAAGAACUGUGGCUUUGGUUCUGUUCUUUGAGUUCCUGGUGGCUAUGGGUGCAGCGAUUCUCACCAUUGUGGCAAUGCCCCACCUGGACAUAGUGACCAACGUGACGAUACUGAACGGCGUAGCCGUGCUCUCCACGCUCCUGCAGGUGAUCACGCAGUGCACCGCCAAGCAAAGGAACCGCUUCCUGGUGCCGUCCAUCACCGCCUUCCUCCUCAUUUUGCUCGGCUACGUGCUGUUCCUCCUCUUGUACAUCACAAAGGAUCCCACUGACACCCGGAGGAACAUCUGGGCGGGUCUGGCAGUCGGAGCGUCCUUCUUAGUGUCCUUCAACUGGUGGGAGAACUACUUCAAGCUGAUCAGCGAGAACAGCCGCUCCGACUUCCUCACAGCGUUGAGCAGAGACGUGAAAGAGUGCCAGAACGUUGUGCACAUCCUCUCCAGCUUGGUCAGGAUCGCGGUGACCGCCGGCGUGCUCGGAGCCUACGUCCCUCUGGACAAAAUGGACUGGGCCAUCGUCACCUCCAUCCCGAGCCGUGAGACAAGGAUUAUAGGCAUCAUCAUCGGAGUCCAGCUGAUCUCCUCCGCACUCUGCCACUGGUUUUCCUUGGUGGCCUGCAAGAUGCACGCCAUGCGACGAUGCUUCAUCCUGCCUUUGUACCUGGCGUCUCUGGCCGUCAUGGUCCUCUUCGUCGUCCCCGUUAUCGUUUUCCAUCAAAACUACAGAAACAGUCUGAACAGGAUUCAAAGUUCCAACUUCAGAGGCUACUGCAACGACGUUGUGGAUGCAAGAAACCAAAGUCUGAGCGGCAACGUGUUCCCAGAUCUGGUUUGGGACGUCACUCACACUCUGUGCUUCCUGGACUUGUCCAGGAUAUAUGACAUCGGCCUGCUGACAGGCUCGGCGGCGUGCUGGUGCAUCGGCCUGGUUUUGGCCACUCUGCACCUCUGGUUCCUCAGUCUGUUUCGCAUCCAGAGGACUCAGGACCUGUUCGUCAGGAGGCUCUACGAGGGAGCAUUCAUAGAGCAGUCCCUGCUUCUGAACACUCGAUUUGACAUCCAGACGACGGAAAAGCAAAAGCAAUUCAAAUCACUAGACCCGGUAAAAGUCUUCCUCUGCGCGACCAUGUGGCACGAAACGCCCGACGAGAUGAUGAAUAUCCUCAUUUCGAUAUUUCGACUGGACAAGUACAGGCCAAAGAAGGAAGGAGAAGCUGGCGAUGUCACGUUUGAAGGCCACAUCUUCUUCGACGACGCCUUCACAGAUGUUGCCGGUAGCCGGGGGGCCCACGUCAACCAGUACGCUGAGAUGCUUGUGAACAUUAUCGCAGAAGUUUACAGCAUCUUCUUGAACAUCAAUAACGACCUCUUCACAAAGAAGCAGCAGAUCCCGGAUCAGACGAUUGUGACAACGCCGUAUGGAGGACGUCUGGUAGUCACCAUGCCACAUGGGAACACCUUAACGGUUCACUACAAGAACAAGAAGCUCAUCCGCCACAAGAAGAGAUGGUCCCAGGUCAUGUACUUGUACUAUCUCCUGGGAUGGAAAGUUUCAACCAAGUAUUUCAAAAGGUGGGGGAAAGGGGAGGAGGAAGUUGAGGUGAAAAAUGAGUUUGAGAGGGAGAAGAAGAACACUUACAUCCUGGCUCUGGAUGGGGACACAGACUUCACGCCGGCCGCCGUGAUGCUGCUCAUCGAUCGCCUGAAACUGUACCCGCAGGUCGGGGCGGUCUGCGGCCGGAUUCACCCCACCGGCUCAGGGCCCGUCGUUUGGUACCAGAAGUUUGAAUACGCCGUCGGACACUGGCUUCACAAGACGGCCGAGCACGUGUUCGGCUGCGUGCUCUGCAGCCCCGGCUGCUUCAGCCUGUUCAGAGCCGAGGCGCUGAUGGACGACAACGUGAUGAAGAAAUACACCGUCAUGUCGUCGAAGGCGCAACACUACAUCCAGUACGACCAAGGAGAGGACCGCUGGCUGUGCACUCUGCUGCUGAAGCAGGGUUGGAGGGUGGAGUACAACGCGGCCUCGGACGCCCACACCAACGCCCCGGAGGACUUCAAAGAGUUUUACAACCAGCGUCGCCGCUGGGGGCCGUCGACCAUGGCCAACAUGGUGGACCUGCUGGGCUGUGCCACUGUGAUCUCCAAGAAGAACACGUCUAUUUCAAAGGUCUACAUGCUGUACCAGUUCAUCAGCCUGGCGGCGUCCAUUCUGGCACCUUCCACCGUCAUCCUUAUGAUCGCAGGUAGUUUGACUGUGCUGCUCGAUGUUCACCCGAGCGUUUCUCUGGUCCUGGCUGUGAUACCUCCAGCUAUCUUCCUCGGCGCCAGCUUCAGAAUCAAGGCGGACACUCAGAUCCUCGUCGCUGCGAUCCUGAGCAUCCUGUACGCGUUCCUCAUGAUGGUAUCGGCAAUCACCAUAAUAGGGAACAUAGUGAAGGACCAAACCAUCCUGACUCCCAGCAGUCUCUUCCUCAUCUUCCUCGCCCUCUUCUACGUCAUCACUGCAUUGCUCCACCCUCAGGAGAUUGGCCUGGUGUUCUACGGCUUUAUUUACAUCAUCUGCAUCCCCAGCGCCUACCUGCUGCUCUCCAUCUACUCCAUGGUCAACAUGAACAACGUGUCCUGGGGCACCAGGGAGACGGCGCCUGCCGCCAGAGACGAGGCCGCCUCGCCAACCAAAGCCGAGAAAGGAGCAGUCAGGAGCACCAUCGCGCGGUUCUUCUCGCGGUCCAGGUGCUGCAGGAGACUUUGUCUGACGGACGCAACAGACGAGCGAAUCCUCAGCCGGGACGUCCCGAGCGAGGAGCCGGAGCCUCGACCCCAGAACAGCAUCGUGGAGGAGGCGGGGCAGCCUGGGGAGCAGCCAAGGCGAAGCACCACUUUAGCCCCCCCUCACCAAAACUGGGUCGCACAGCUGCAGAGUUUAUCCAAUGACAUGAAUCUUAGCGAGGACAAACUGGACGAGGAGGAGGGGAAGUUCUUCAGAGAGCUCACCAGCAAAUACCUGCAGCCCGUUCCCGAGGACAAAGGGAAACAGGAAAUAAUGAUUAAUAAACUCAGGGAGUUGAGAAACAAGAUGACCUUCGUUUACUUCAUAAUCAACGCCUUCUGGCUCGUGGUGACCUUCACGCUCCAGUUAUUAGACUCGAGCGUCUUCAUCAGGGUGCCAAAAAUCAACUUUGACCUUGAGUUUACCGGAGAGUACAUCGACAUCGACCCCGUGGGCUUCAUGUUCGUCCUGUCCUUCGCCCUACUGGUGGUGAUCCAGUUCUUCGGCAUGUUGUACCACAGAAUGAGCACCCUGAUCCAUUAUGUGGCCUUCCUGAGUACAGAGCCCAUGUCUACCAAGCAAAACCAUCAUCAGCCAAUUAAAAAGAUCGUUGACGGAGAAAGCGAGGACUUCGAUGACCUCAGCUUUCAAGGUGACUUUCGCCGGCGCUUCAACACUGGAACUUUGGUGUGACCGAUGAGCCCAAACAACCGAGCAGAAAAGAGCACUUUAGGGGUCUUAUUCCAAUUUGUGAUUAGUUAUCUUCUUAUUUUAUAGCGACAAAAGAAACAGACAAAUUAACAGCUGACUGUCUGACUGCUGAAGAGCUCGCUUUGUUGAUUGAAAGUGGUUUGACGAAUACCUUUUGGACACGUUGUGUCAAAAACUGAAACUGAAAUUAAUGAGGCUUUCUGGCGUCUAAGUUUGCGGCCGUGGCUUUCGUUGUGAUGCUUCUGCAGUGGCCGUUCAACUCGAUGUGGAUUUUAAUCAUGAAGGUGAAGAUGAAGGCUGUGAAGAGCAAAAACUGGCAGCGUCUUUUAUCUUGGUGUGUAGUUUAUGUAGUUUAUGUUGUUAAUCGUUGUCAUCCGCAUCCACUUUGUAAUCAAUGCCUUUGAGAGUAUGUAACACUGGUGUCUGAAAAACAUUAAAAAUGUUUUAUAUCUGUGCAAUAUAAUUACUAAUUGAAGAAAAGUGAGUGCAUGAAUCACGGGUUCUUGUAUUGUGUGUGUGUGCUCUUGGGCAUUACAAUGCUGAAGGCCACUCCUGCUAGGAACCCAAGAACAAAAAGAGGAUUAGCCGCACCUACAAUACACUAUUUAUACCAAUAAAUCCACUAUACUUCAUAUUCUCUGACUCUCUUUCAAUGUUUCCUCCUGAUUUGACCACACCCGUACUUAUCUCCAUUGUUUUAAUUGGAGCAUUUAAAAUGCCAGUAUACUGUGAACUAUUUGAACUACUUUAAACGUCAGAAAUAUUUAGGAUCAUAAAAUCAUUAGAGUAGGUUUGUCUAGAAAGCUUUUAAUAGAUUCAUAAUACAUGUGUUUCUAAAGCAGAAGGUCAGUGAACAUGAACCAUGUUGUUUUAUCUCAAAUGUUCACCGCUUCUGAUCAGGUAGGGCUAAAAAAAAAUAAAAAAAACGCUGUGAGAGCUUUUCAUUGCAGCUUUUUGGCACCUUGUUUUGCACAAAAUAAAACAUUCCCACAACAUUGAAAA